AUGGGCUCAGACACAUUUUUCAGUUUCCCUCAUGUGUUUAAGCUUCUUCAAUCCGUGAAUGCGAUAAUACUGAUUAUUUGCAUUGGAUUAGCAGAGCCUGUCCCCAGCAACGGAGUUGUAUGGUUUAUCAUCAUAUCAUCACUCACUGUCAGUGUUACGGCGACGAUAAUUUCGGUGUUAGGUGUUCAAGAUCAGUUCCUCAGUUCACUCUGUAAUAAUGGAAUUACGUGGGAAAUCCUUGAAUUGAUUUAUUCAUUUGUUUUCACGAUCUUAUCUGCUGUGAGCGUAUGGCUUUGCUUCAGCUUCAUUCAGUUGGUAGUCAAAGGUCCCUCUGGCGGUUAUGUGGCUGGUGGGGUAUGUAAUUAA